AAAGCGAAUCAGGAGUGAUAAACACACGCGUCUGUCUGUCCCACGAGUUGUCACAAUAGAAAGACGAGUGCUUUUUCGAUGUGCAUUGACUGUACAGAAGAGAGCUGUGUCGGGGGCUGCGAGUGUUUGCCCAACCAUUAUGUGCUCACCGGUGACAACACCACUACCAGCGACUGUGUGCCCGAAAGUGAAUGUCCCAAAUCUGGCACAAAACCGACAGAUGAGUCAACCGACACGUUGUUAAAGAUGGCCGACUCAACGGCCAACGCAACCAAACCGGGAAAGUGUCCGAAAGCUAAUCAGGCGUGGAAAGAAGAUGCGGACAAAUGUCUAAGUAAUUGCUCCAAUUGGAAGACCGGAGACAUCAACUGUAUGUCAUACCCGGGGCCGGGAUGCGAGUGCGCGCCCGACCAUUACGUUCACGACAUCACUGCCGAGUGUGUCCUUUUAAAAGAUUGUGCGCCUAAAAAGAAAAAAACAACAACAACGGAACCGACAGAUAAGCUGUUACAAGUAGCCGAUACAGAAACAGAAACAACAACAACAACAUCGAAAACAUCAGCAAAAAAAUCAAAAACGACAAAAACAAUAACAACAACACCGCAAACUACAACCACUGCCGACUCCACGGCCAACGCAUCCGAACCGGUAAAGUGUGCGAAAGCCAAUCAGGUGUGGAACGAAGAGGCGUCCAUUCAUUGUCCCAUCAGUUGCUCCAAUAGACGUACGUUCGGUCCCAUCAACUGCAUGGAGACCCCGGGCCCGGCGUGUGAGUGCGCGCGUGACUUCUUCAUACACGACACCACCAAAGAGUGUGUCACCGAAAGCGGUGAAACGGAGGCACAACUGGACACACAUCCGACUGACCAGUUGUCCACUGAAUCGGAUCCACAGCGACAACAACCACACGAACCGCAUGUAGUGGAGGACAGACGUAACAUCGUUUAA